CCCCUUAUUCUCUGAUUCUCAUUGUGUAAAGCUACAUUUAAAUGGGAAGUGGGAACUGUUAGGUAGAGGCAGAAUGGCAAACGCUUCUCAAAGGUAAAGCCAAGCAAUCCAAUUACCCUAUCCCCUUGUUCGUUCUUACAUCUUCUUCCAUUUCCCAACCUCCAAAGUUCUCAAUUCUCCCUCAAAAUCCUCUUAAUCCUUCGCUUUCUUCUCUCUUUUGCGGUUUUCGAUGUCACUGCCUUCUACCUUCGCUCCUUCCUCUCAUUUUCGCCUUCCAGUUUCACACUUGAGGCCCUCUCGCCAUUGCAGAACUUCAUUUUUCUUGUCCAUCGAUUAUUGGUGCUGCAAAUCCCUCAAUGCACCCUCUAGAAGCAUUUCCCGACGAUCGCCACUCAUCUGCUCUUCUUCGUCCGAUGGCGCGUCUGGUUCAGUUCCCUCUGAUAAUGAUAACACUCCCAGUAACUUCUGUAUCAUAGAAGGACCGGAGACCGUUCAGGAUUUUGUUCAGAUGCAAUUCCAGGAAAUCCAAGACAACAUAAGGAGUCGUCGUAAUAAAAUUUUUCUUCUAAUGGAAGAGGUUAGAAGAUUACGAAUUCAACAACGCUUAAAGAAUCUAAAAGUUAUUGAUGAGAAUGACAAUGAAGAGGCGAAUGAAAUGCCUGACAUGCCAUCAUCUAUUCCUUUUCUUCCCCACGUGACACCGAAGACGUUGAAGCAGCAAUAUUUAACCAGCUUGUCAGUUAUAUGGGGAAUAAUUGUAUUUGGUGGCCUUAUUGCCCCAACUCUCGAGCUAAAAUUGGGAUUAGGUGGCACUUCGUACGAAGAUUUCAUCCGCAACAUGCAUUUGCCUAUGCAAUUAAGUCAAGUGGAUCCCAUUGUGGCGUCAUUUUCAGGUGGAGCUGUCGGUGUCAUUUCGGCCUUGAUGUUAAUUGAAGCUAACAAUGUUGAGCAACAAGAGAAAAAAAGGUGCAAAUAUUGUCAUGGAACUGGGUAUUUGGCUUGUGCCCGAUGUUCUUCAAGUGGCGUAUGCUUAAGUGCUGACCCCAUCUCACUAUCUGCUUCUUCUAGCCGCCCUCUACGAAUGCCCAAAACUCAAAGGUGUCUCAAUUGUUCCGGUGCAGGAAAGGUAAUGUGCCCAACAUGUCUUUGUACGGGGAUGUUGAUGGCAAGUGAGCACGACCCAAGAAUCGACCCAUUCGACUAAGGCUAAACUUGUAAGUUGUAUUGCAACUCUUUAUUUUCAAUUUUUUUUUUCAAAGUUUCUUUCAUAUUUGUCACUGAACUAAUGAAUUUGAAAAACUCAUUAUGUUAAAAAUACAAAGGUUGGAGAAUUGUUUGUAUAUUAUGUUAAUUCUAAUAUUCCAAAUAUAAUCUAUCCUUCAAUUA